AUGCAAAAAGUACUUGAAAAUAUAGUUUCAUCUUUACAACAACCAAGUUCUUGUUCUGCACUCUAUCUAGUACCUAUCACACUUUCUCAAGCUAGUAUACAAUAUAUUCAAAGUAUUAUAUUUGCACAUGAAUUAACAAUAAAAAAGAAAAGAAAAGUACCAAGUACUAGAGAUUUCCAAAUUGGUGCCAGAAUAGUACUUUCUGGACAAAUUGCAAAGGAUGCUAUUGUUCAUGCAAUGGAAUCUAUUAUCAAACCUGAAAUCCUUUUAUUUCAACCAAGUUGGAGUAUACAAGAUAUUAAAGAAUCAAUGUUGUUUUAUAGGGUACCAAAAGAUUGUGGUAUCUAUCUAGCCGCAAUGUUGGAAAGCAUAGUCACUCACAUACUCGAAUUAUCUUUAACAGUGGUUCAACAACAACAACAACAAGGAACUAUUUUGGAACCAGAACAUAUUAAAUUGGGAAUUUCCAAAGACAAUGAAUUAGAAAGUUUAUUUAAUGGUUUUGAUGAGAUUGGUUCAUUUUCAAAAUUAUCUAGUCUUCAAAAUGAUGAUAAUUAUAAUGAUAAUGAAAUUUGUCAUACCCCCGAAUAA